AAAACAUCAUCGCGCGUGUGUAUCGCUCGCUCAGACCGGCCGCGAGUGCUCAUGUAAUCAGUGUUUAGUUUUCUGUACCUGGUGAAGAAAAAUCGCAAUAAAUUGCAGUAAAACCAUGAACAGAAUUCGAAGUCUGGUGCUGGCGCGGCACUACCACCGGUUGGCAUCGUUUCGCAGCGCGACAGCAUCGGUGCUUCGGUUACGAAGCGCCGUGGAGGAUCGUCCGACGUUCUGUGCGAAUGUACCGUCGACGGUGAUGGUGGCGCCGGCGAUUCCGCCCGUCCUCCGUUGCUCCUUCGCCUCCCAAGCUAAUCCUCGCUUCCGGAAAGCCGGUAAGGCCCCGGUGGCAAACCCACUGGACGAGCUGAAGGCGGAAGCGCUCGCGUUCGGACGGAUUCACGCGGAACGCCUGAAUCAGAUCCUCCAGAAACCGGAUGACAUCCCGGCGGAGGCGUACGGCUUCCUGCUGGGAUGCUGUGGACGACUGCUGCUGGACCAGCCGGUCGAGACGCGGAUGAAGCUCUUUCGGAGCCUUUGGUUCAUGGCCAAUCAAGACGGGAAGGAGAUACCGCUAGAUCGGUGGAAGAUUUUGCUGGGGGUGUACCGUGAGAAUGGGGUAGAUUUGGCGGAUGAGGGAGGAGUGAAGACGUUUUUGGCGGGGGUUGCAGCUGAGAAGGAUCAAGAGUUUUACGAGCUUUUGUUGGCGGUGGUUUGCGAGCGAGGAGAUACCCAGAAGGUGUUGGAAGUGAUGGAACUGCUGAAGGAGCGUGGGACGGGGCUGAAUGCGAGGAUUGCGGCCAAUUUGGUGAGAGGACAUUCAAAGGCCGGAGAUAUGGAAGCGGUGCGGACCGUGUUGGAUACGAUGAGUGCGGGAAAUGUCGCUCCGGAUGGGAGAGUCUAUGGGGAGUUGGUCGUUGGACGGCUUAGAAAUGACCAGAUGGAAGAGGCGGUGAAACUGAUUGCGGAGAAGGGAAGACUGCUGAACGAGAAUCACGUUAUUGAGGCCCUGAAAGAGGCGCUGGUAAAGGAUCGGAAUGAUGUCGUAAAGCUUCUAGUGAGACUACUUCCGGAAGCAGUUGUUCAGGAUUCUAGUAUAGAUCCCCUCAUCCGGAACCUAUCUUCAGAGUUGUAUCGAGAAGGAAGGUAUGAGUCGGUUAGGACAUUACUGGGAGAACUUCCUGUUCCCGUAUUCAGUUUGAAUGAAAACUACGACAACUACGCGGUUUCAUUGAUAUUUGAGCUGGUCAAGAAUGAAGCGCCGUUAGAAGAGAUUGUCCUGCUGACCGACUUCCUGGUCCGAACGAAGCGAAACGAACGGGCCCUGCAUGUGGCGUGCGAAUGUGCAGCCAAACACAGCAUUGGCAUUUAUCCGGAACUGUUGAAAUUGCUGAAGAAGCAGGAAGAUUUGCGACCGCACUACUUUUGGCCGUUGAUCGUUCAGCACUUUGCUCAAAGCGGAGAGGCCGGAGUCAUGGACGUCUUGAAGCUGAUGCAGCGCCUUAAAACCGAAAUGGAUGCGGAGACUAUCUCGGUUUUCGUUCUUCCGAAGUUGGCCAUCUCGCUGAAGGACGUCCGGACGGCGUUGAAGCAAUUCGAGGACCGCGGCGUCAAAAUGUCCGUCCUGAUGACUCCAUUCGUGUCUCAUUUGCUGUAUCAGAAUCGGUUCCAAGACGCGAUCAAUGUCGUCAAGCUUUACUCUUCCAAGGUGGAUACUGAAGCGCUGAUCUAUCCACUGGUUCUGCAAACGACGAUCAACAAAUCCACGGAGCAUUUCCAAACUAUGGCGAGCGUUAUCCGUCAGUUCAGGGACAAGGCUCAGAACCCGAAGCAUGACCUGGCUGGGCAACUUCUCAUGGAACUGAUCAGCAAUAGGAAAUCCAAACACGAUGCUUCAUCCAUCAGGUCCCUUCUCCAGGAGUUCUCAACCCAUCAGAUCCGGAUCAGCCGAAUGAGCGCCAGCGUGCUGAAGAAUCACUUCCAAAAGGCCCGUCAGCUGGACACCGCCAUGGAUAAGCUGAUCAAUACCCUAGUAGACGAUAAGCUGACCAUCCCCUCCAAGGAAGUGUUCGACUCAAUCAUCGUCCACCCGCGAGACAUGACCUACGAAGAGCUGGAAUGCCACCUAGGCGAACUAGAAGAAAAGAAGCUCAACUCCCGGGGUGUUCUCCGCCGCCUGUUGCAGGUUUGCGUCCGCGAGAAUCGUCUGGACCGAGCCGCCGAAAUCAAACGGAAGUGCGACGAAGCCAAAGUCGAACUCAGCUCCGGAAUGUUGGCUUCCGUGUUCGACCUGCACAUUAAACGAAAGAACGUGGACGAAGCUGGAAAUACCCUCGAUCACAUCAGAACCAUCUUUCCGGGUUUCCUCCUGGACGAACACAAGGUCAUCGACUUUGCCGCUCUGCUAGCCGAAAAAGGUUUCCCCACGUCGGCUCAGAAUGUCCUAAAACAACGGGCCUCGUCCGGACAGCUUCGACCAGGAAAUUCCAACAAAAACAUCUGGAACCUCCUGACCAACACUGCCCAUUGGGCGGCCCAGCACGACCCCACAUCCCCCCAAAACCACGCCAGCGAAAUGCUCAACUUCCUGGUCGAACUCGGUUACUGCACCUACGACAACGCCCUCCUGGGCCCCGUCAUCCGCGAAUACCUCCUGAAAAACCAAAUCCUCAACGCCGUCGCCGAGUACAAACGUAUCGCCACCGAAAAACGCCGCACCCCGCUCCAGCUGGAAAUCCUCACCACCCUGGUCCGCCUCACCAACUCCAACGAUCCGGAAAUCCCCCCGGACCAAGCCAAAUCCCUCCUCGCCGAAAUGAUCCAGAUCGGAUCGCGGAUCCACGGUCCCAUCAACACCAACAACGCCCUGAUCGUGGCCCUGGCCGAGGCCGGAACCGAACCGCAACUCCGGCGGAUCCUCAUCAAUCCGGAAACGCGCGUCAACCACGAGUACAUCCUCACCCAGUGCGAGUUCCUGGUCAACGCCGGAAAACUGGACGUGGUGCUUUCUGAUUGGAAGCGGCUCCGCUCUAGUGUCAACAUUCUCGGACAGUCGGACCGCGAUGAAUUCAGUUCAUCGGUGUACUCGUCUAUUAAGGACUGA